UAAUAAUUUUUAUUUCCAGCGAAGAUCAUUCAGUAUGCAGAAAAGGAGACCCCUCAUUAAACCAAUGGCGGUUGUUACAACAACAGGAUAUUUUGUCUCCAUUUUAGGCCCUUAUUUAGCGGAUAGAGAGAGCAGUGAUUCUUCCAUUCUUACACACAUCAUCAAAAGUAACGCUGAAAGUAUUCGCUCCUGGCUUAAUGAGGAUGACAUCUUCACUGUGGAUAGAGGCUUCAGAGACGCUCUUCCUUUGCUAGCAGAUUUGUGGAUCCAGGCGGAGAAGACUAGGUUUUUAGAGGCUGGUCAGAAGCAGAUGUCGACCGAAGAUGACGAUAUGAGUCGACUAGUGACAAAGAUCAGGUGGGUGGUAGAGUCAUCUAAUGCCCGUAUGAAUAGUUGCAGAUAUCUUGACCGUACACUACCAACUCAUCCAAUUCCAUUCAUUUGAGACUAUAUUCGGAUUGUAUGUGCAGUAUCCAACAGAUUUUCACCUCCACUGAGUCCCACUAGCAGCAGAGAAGAGGAUGAGGCAGAAGCU